AUGACGUCACCCUGUCGCUUCCCUUCUCACCGGGAGAAGAACAAGAGGUCAGCACAUGACAUCCGCCCCACUCUAAAUGGGGAACAAUUGAGACCUCAACAGGAGCUGCAGAUCCUGGGGGUCACGUUUGACAGCAAGCUGACUUACCAGGCUCACCUCACCCAGCUCGCCAGGACAGCAGCGGGAAAGCUGGCCUGCCUCAGAAGGAUGUCAGGAUUCCUGGACAGCAGGGGACGGGAACUGCUGUACAAAGCCGAGAUUCGCUCCUCCCUUGAGUAUUCCUGCCUCGCCUGGGGCGGAGCGGCGCCUUCCCACCUUGCUGUCCUGGACAAAAUACAACGGAGAGCGGAACGACUCAUAGAGGAUGGCCCUCCUGAGCAGCAGGCCGGCCUGCACAGCUUGCACAGCCUGCAGCAUCGCAGGGACGUGGCAGGCCUCGCCACCCUCUACAAGGUGCAGGAAGAAAGAACACCACACCUGCAGGAACUCUGCAUCCCGCCUCGCCGCGCUGAGGUGCUCACUAGAGCCGUCUCGGCAGCACCCUCGGCCCUGCACAUCCCACGUUCUCACUCCACCCACCAUCAAAGACAAUUCAGACAAAGUUAUGGACAGCGGUGGAAUGAAUUUCUGGCCUCUGACAAGUGCCCGGACGACCUCAGUGUUGCAGUGUGCGGAGGCCAGAAAUUCAAAGUGCUAGUGAACCAGUGGAUAAGUGAAAUACGUGAUAGUGACACGAGUGUGCAAAAUACAAAUUCGGCCUCAUAG